AUGUUCAGUAUACCAACGGCUCCAUUAUCCAACAAGUCACCCGGGACAUCAACAUGUACUUCCCAGAACUUAACUUUAAUGCCAGCUGGAUCUUUAUUGCAACAUGGCAUAAAAUUCCCUAUCGUUUGAUGCCUGAAACACAAACAACCUUUCAGGCAGUCUUGGCUUCUAAUGGGAAUUAUUCAUUUUUUAUUCUAAAUUAUGGAUCCCUGGCAUCCAAACCCGUCUUUAUAAAGGCUGGAUAUGACACAACUUUUUCCUGUCACAACUUUACCAUCCUGGAAUCAUUCUCUGAAAAGACAAUCCCAAAAAUCACACUUGUAAGCCUAGGUAGUAACGUCAAUCUAUCCGGUCGCUGGGCUUUCCGUGUAGAUAAUGGUUCAAGGGACUGCAAUGGACCCCUCUACCCAAUUGGAGGAACAACAAGCGCUCCAGAAGAUGAUGGAAGCACCACAGGAAUAUCACUCCUUCGAACCUUUAACUAUUUUGGCAAAUCCUACUCUCAGAUUUAUGUAAACCACAAUGGACAUUUGACCUUUGAUGCACCAUGGAGAAGCUAUUCACCAGAACAAUUUCCAAUUGAUCAAGGCAGAGAUAUCAUUGCUCCUUACUGGACAGAUUUAGAUAAUAGUAAAAGUGGUAACAUCUACUAUGUUCAAUAUACCAAUGGCUCUAUUCUCCAACAAGUUACCGAGGACAUCAACUUGUACUUCCCAGAACUUAACUUUCAUGCAAACUGGAUCUUUAUUGCAACAUGGCAUAAAGUUCCCUAUUUUUCAAUGACUGAAACACAAUCAACCUUUCAGGCAGUCUUGGCUUCCAAUAAGAAUUAUUCAUUUGUGAUUCUGAAUUAUGGGUCCCUAGCACCAAAGCCAUUGUCUAUACAGGCUGGAUAUGACACAGCUUAUUCCUGUUACCACUUUACCAUCUUUGGAUCACACUCUCAUAAGACAAUUCCAAAUAUUACAGUUUUAAGCCUCGGUAGUAACAUCAAUCUAUCUGGUCGCUGGGCUUUCCGUGUAGAUAAUGGUUCAAGGGACUGCAAUGGACCCCUCUACCCAAUUGGUGGAACAACAAGCUCUCGGGAAGAUGAUGGAAGCUCCACACGAAUUUCACUUCUUAAAACCUUUAACUAUUUUGGCAAAUCCUACUCUCAGAUUUAUGUAAACCACAAUGGACAUCUCAGCUUUAAAGAACCAUGGAGUAGUUAUUCACCAAAACAGUUUCCAAUCUAUGGAGGAAGAGACAUCAUUGCUCCUUAUUGGACCGAUUUAGACAAUAGUAAAAGUGGUAACAUCUACUAUGCUCAGUACACCAACGGCUCUAUUCUUCAGCAAGUUACCAAGGACAUCAAAUUGUACUUCCCAGAACUUAACUUUAAUGCCAGCUGGAUCUUUAUUGCAACAUGGCAUAAAGUUCCCUAUUCUUCAAUGCCUAAAUCGCAAACAACCUUUCAGGCAGUCUUGGCUUCCAAUGGGAAUUACUCACUUGUGAUUCUGAAUUAUGGAUCCCUAGCAUCCAAACAGGUCUCUCUAGAGGCUGGAUAUGACACAGCCCAUUCCUGUCACCACUUUGCCAUAUUUGGAUCAUUCUCUAGUAACACAAUCCCGAAAAGCAUGUUCUUAAGACUCAAAAGUAACGUCAAUAUAUCUGGUCGCUGGGCUUUUCGUGUUGAUAAUGGCUCAAGGGACUGCAAUGGACCCCUCUACCCAACUGGUGGAACAACAAGCUCUCCAGAGGAUGAUGGAAGCUCUCCAAGAAUUUCACUCCUCAAAACCUUUAACUAUUUUGGGAAAUCUUACUCUCAGAUUUAUGUAAACCACAAUGGACAUAUCACCUUUGAAACACCAUGGAGUAGUUUUUCUCCAGAACAGUUUCCAAUGUAUGGAGGCAGAGACAUAAUUGCCCCUUACUGGACUGAUUUAGAUAACAGUAAAAGUGGUAACAUCUACUAUGUUCAGUACACCGACGGCUCUAUUCUCCAACAAGUUACCCAGGACAUCAACAUGUACUUCCCAGAACUUCACUUUCAUGCCAACUGGAUCUUUAUUGCAACAUGGCAAAAAGUUCCCUAUUUUUCGAUGCCUGAAACUCAAACAACCUUUCAGGCAGUCUUGGCUUCCAAUGGGAAUUAUUCAUUUGUGAUUCUAAAUUAUGGAUCCCUAGAAUCCAAACACGUCUCUAUCGAGGCCGGGUAUGACACAGCCUAUUCCUGUCACCACUUCACCAUUCUUGGAUCAUUCUCUAAUAAAACAAAACCAAAUAUGACACUUUUAAGCCUUGGUAGUAACAUUAAUGUAACUGGUCGUUGGGCUUUCCUUGUAGAUAAUUUUUCAAUGGACUACAAUGGACCCCUCUAUCCAAUUGGUGGAACAAAAAGCUCUCGAGGAGAUGAUGGAAGCUCCGUGCGAAUUCCCCUCCUCCAAACCUUUAACUAUUUUGACAAAUCUUACGCUCAGAUUUAUGUAAACCACAAUGGACACCUGACCUUUGAAGAACCAUGGAACAGUUAUUCACCCAAAAGGUUUCCAAUGUAUGGAGGCAGAGAUAUCAUUGCUCCAUUCUGGACUGAUUUAGAUAAUAGUGCAAGUGGUAACAUAUACUAUGAUCAGUACACCAACGGCUCGAUUCUCCAACAAGUUACACAGGAUAUCAACUUGUACUUCCCGGAACUUAACUUUCAUGCCAAUUGGAUCUUUAUUGCAACAUGGCAUAAGAUUCCCUAUUUUUCAAUGCCUGAAACUCAAACAACUUUUCAGACAGUUUUGGCUUCCAAUGGGAAUUACUCAUUUGUGUUGUUGAAUUAUGGGUGCCUUGCAUCUAAAAAGGUCUCAAUAGAGGCUGGAUAUGACACCGCUUUUUCCUGUCACCACUUCAACAUUCUUGGAUCAUUCUUUGAUGAUAUAGUUCCAAAAGUCAAACUUUUAACCCUUGGUAGUAAUGUCAAUAGGUCUGGUCGCUGGGCUUUCCUUGUAGAUAAUGGUUCAAUGGACUACAAUGGGCCCCUCUACCAAAUUGGAGGAACAACAAGCUCUCGAAAACUUGAUGGAAGCUCCCCACAAAUUUCACUCCUCCAAACCUUUAACUAUUUUGACAUACCUUACUCGCAUAUUCAUGUAAACCACGAUGGACAUCUGACCUUUGAAAAACCAUGGAAUAGUUAUUUACCAGAACAGUUUCCAAUUGAUAAAGGCAGAGACAUCAUUGCUCCAUUCUGGACUCAUUUAGACAAUAGUAAAAGUGGUGACAUCUACUAUGAUCAGUACACCAACGGCUCCAUUCUCCAACAAGUUACCCAGGACAUCAACAUGUACUUCCCAGAGCUUCCCUUUCAUGCCAGCUGGAUCUUUAUUGCAACAUGGCAUAAAGUUCCCUAUUUCUCAAUGCCUGACACAGAAACAACCUUUCAGACAGUCUUGGCUUCCGAUGGCAAUUAUUCAUUUGUGUUGCUGAAUUAUGGGUGCCUUGCAUCUUCACAGUUCCCUGUAGAGGCGGGAUAUGACACAGCAGAUUCCUGUCACCACUUCACCAUCUUUGAAUCAAUCUCUAAGAAAACAAUCGCAAACACCAUUUUAUUAAGUCUAAAAAGUAAUGUCAAUGUAUCCGGUCGUUGGGCUUUCCGUGUAGAUAAUGGUUCAAGAACAGAAACCGACUGCUGGGGAUCUGUGGACCUGCAGCGACUGCAGGGAAAAGAGGGUAGGACACCGCCCAAUCGCUUACACUCUCUGGAGGGAGAAACACAGUAUCCAUACGAUGGAAUGCCGAACGGGAUCCAGCAUAGAGCCAUCCAGGGUGUUCCCGAUCAGUGCAGCAACCGAAGAGACGUGACAGGAGACCAAUCCAGGAAUCCACAGAGCACUCAGGCAGGUUCAGAGUUCCACAGAGUCUACCAAGGUGUUCACACAGACACGCUGAGCCACAGAAACGUGGGUUCAGAUGCGGAUGGGCAGGCUCAGUGGUUGAGGGACAGAGACAAGACGAGGAUACAAGACAAACACAAAAACCCUCUCAAUCCGCUGGCUGCUAGGAACCGGGACAUGAACCAUGGAAUAGAUUAA